GCGGCGGGGGCGCGGCCGCGCGCGAGGGGGCGUGUGAGGGGGAGCGGCGGCGAACGGGCGCCACCGGCACAGCCUCGGCCCGCCCGCCGCAUGGAGCUGUCGGCCAUCGGCGAGCAGGUGUUCGCCGUGGAGAGCAUCCGCAAGAAGCGCGUGCGGAAGGGUAAAGUAGAAUACCUGGUGAAGUGGAAAGGAUGGCCCCCAAAAUACAGCACAUGGGAGCCAGAGGAUCAUAUCUUGGACCCUCGCCUGGUAGUGGCUUAUGAAGAAAAGGAAGAGAGAGACCGUGCAUCAGGGUACAGGAAAAGAGGCCCCAAACCAAAGCGCCUCCUACUGCAGCGGCUGUAUGGCAUGGACUUGAGGAGUGCCCACAAGGGAAAGGAGAAGCUCUGCUUCUCUCUUGCACGGAGGUUUGGAGGAGGAGACAGUAGCCUGCCAGGGGCCAAGACAGGGCAGGCAGAGUUUCCUGAGAAGACUGGGGGUGCAGUCCUGCCAUUCUCUCUCCGGAAGCAACGCAAAAACCAGAAGUACCUACGACUGUCAAGGAAGAAGUUUCCCCGCAUGACGAGUCUGGAGAACCGAAACUGCAGACAUGAGUUCUUCCUGAAUGAUGCCGUGGGCCUAGAGGCCAGGCAGAGCCCUGACGACUGGGAGGCCACGCAGCACACCAGCAAAGAAGCAGAUGUGGAUGCCAGUCUCCCUUGGAUCCCCACUGUGCCCCCCAGCGAAGUGACAGUGACAGACAUCACGGCAAACUCCAUUACCGUCACUUUCAGAGAAGCACAAGUGGCUGAGGGCUUCUUUCGAGACCGGAGUGCGCAGUUCUGAAUCUCUGUUUGCAGUGCUCCCCAAAACCACUGCUUUUAGGGUGGGGCUACGGAAGGGUUACGUUACCCCUUAAGAGAAAAAAAAAAUCUAAAAUGUCUCCUCUUAAAAUGUUUACAGAGACCUUUUUUUUUUUCCCUCCUUUUUCCCCUUUCAGAUACGCAAAAAAGGGCAGUGUAGGGGGUGUGUGUUUGUCAUUGCUUUGUCCAGCUGAAAAACUGACGGCCCUUUCCCUGGCAAAGACUCCCCUCCUUGAUGUGAAAGCAGCAGGCUGAACAAUUCGCCUUUUAUCCUGUCAAGUGGCGGCAGCUGCAUUUGUGGGGAGAGGGCAUGUGGAGGUGGAAAGAGAGCUGGAUCUCUAGCCUGCCGCCUUGUUCUGCGAUUGAUAUCCCUUGGAUAAAGAUACAUCUCUGUACAUUGCUCUUCCCACCUUCCUCCUCCCUCUCUUCCUGCAGCAGCGAGAGGCGAUGGAUCCUACCUGUGUAGAUAACUCCAGCCUGUUAAGACUUUCUCUCCAGUGCUGUUUUCCCUGUGGCCUGCUGUCAGGACUUCAGAAACGUAUUUGCCUGUCUGUGGUAAGUCAGUCUUUGCAACAUGGGUCUGUAUAGGCAGCAGAGCUUUCUCCCUUUGAUCGUUGAUCAUGCGGAAAGACUGAAAUGCAUCUCUGAAAUCCAAAUUGGCAACAUAAAUUCAAUUUGCCCUCAUUAAAAGCUCGGAAAGCCAGCAUAGUUGAGACAUACCAUUCUGUAUAUGCUAAACAGGAUUUCCAGGCUUGGCUCUGCUGCAUGAGGAAUGUGUUAUGGAAAGUGGGGUCUUCUUACCCUUUGCCAAAUUCAGUAUUAAUAACAAAUCCUGCCCUGAACCUGUGGUAAUAAUUUGGUUGAAAACUGACUCCUCUCCCCUGGGAGGAGGGGCUAAUAGGACAACUGAAGCAUUGCCUGGCACCGCAGAUAUCCAAGAUACUGGCACAGGCCCAGGACACGGGAAUUGGACAGAACUGAGCUAGAAAUGGACCUUGAUUACCAGCAAAUUCUGCUCUUGGAUCCCACAGAGAGAUCCAAGAUAAACAACAUGUGGGGAAGGCAUGUAUUAGAUUUGAGGAGAGGAAAAAUUCCUAAUUCUUAGCAAUGAGAAUUCUUGGAUUGUGCUGCCUGAAUGAUACUCUUCCAUGACUCCAGUCUCCUCACAGUAUCUGUGAUCCUGUACUACUUUACUGAUAGGAACUUCCCCUUGGAAGGCUUAAAAAUCUUUGCCAAGGAAAGCAGUCUGCAUUUCAAUAGACCUGCCUGAUCUUGCACUUAAAAAUGCCUUGUGCUGGACUGCCUGUGACACUUUGAGAUUUUUGAAGAAUUGCUGUAUUUUGAGUUGGUAGUUUAGCAUAGCAUCUGUUCUUGCACAUGCAUGUUCUCUUCCAUUUUUAAAAGCAAAUUUUAUUUAAAUAACUUAAUUUUAUAAAUAUAGACCUUUUCCAAUGGAAAGCAAGAAGAGUAAGGUAGAGUCUAAAGUGGGAACUGCGGGACAGAGUGCUGCAGGGUAACAUUGGCUACUGUCAUGAUUACUGUCCCCAAAUACUAUGUUUCCUUACUCCACCCCACCUGAAGCAUCUCUUAUCUGCUGUAUUUAUUCGAAAUGAAGCUAUGAGCCUUGUUAGCUCUGAGAUAAAGACACCUGUGGAAAUCCUCAAUGUGUUACUUUGAGGGGCUCGGCUACUGGCCUGCAGAAUUUGGGAGCUCUAGGGUUUCUGGUCCUCCAAACAUCUACUUAUUGUAAAGUGCUUGGACUGGAACUGUGGGUUUUUACUAGAAGCAGUUUUUACCUCAUUUAGGAUAUGGCAGCUCAGUGUAGAUUUAGGAUUUCUCCUUCCAUCUCAGAGCUGUUUGAGCAGGCCUGUCUUUCAUGCCAUCACAGCAGUUUCAGGAUUGCUGGGAAGAUCUUGAAUUUCUGGAUUGACCUUUUGUCUCUCAAAGAAGUAAGAUGGGAGUUUUAUUAUGGAAAAAUCUGAGAGGGUGAGAAAUGGAAGCUGGGGGGGAAUUAUGUGGUGGGAGGAAGAGUGAGUGGGAAAGAAGCUUGCAAUAGCUAGCAAGGCCAAGCUGAUGAGGUAAGCAUGCAGGCGCAGGAUGUUUGUUGAACGUGGGUGUCCAGAGCGAAGCUUCUGUGUCUGGAGUUGCACCCUUUUUUGCAGGAUGUGGGGUCAGACGGUGUUGUUACCAUCACCCACACACCUCCUCUUCCUGACACCUGCCGAAUAUGCUGAAUACCUACAUGUCUCUUCUGUUGUGAAAGUGGACACAGCACAUGGCCCAGUCCACUCUUGCAGGUUGGAGCAGGUCAGGUAGUGAUGGUUGGAGAAGCAUAGUGUUUUAGGUUAUUUUAAAAAAAUGUCUUGAACUGCAGCUCAUCCUGCUAAAUCUUCAUGGCAUUUAUAGGAUCUGGUUUCUUUAUUCUAGUGCAGCAACUGCUGCCUUUGUCAUGUCUUCAUCUCAAAUGUACAAAUACACCAAAAAAAGCUUCCUAUUUACUAAGUUCCUGCCUUUGGCUGACAUUGGAAGCAAUAUCAAUCCUGCAGCAGGAAAGAGCUUGUCCUAAUAAACUAGAUUUCCAUCCUCUGCUUUUCUCUCCACUCACCAGCUGACACUUCUCAACACUUUGUUUUGGCACUUUUCUUUAAACAUAUUUUCUUUCUCUUGCAGUGGAGUUUUCAAAGACUUGUGGUGGUCUUUCAAAUAGGAUCCACCUACAGCUUCAUAUCUUAAUCAUUUUUUUGGAUCAGGCUAUCUAGUGUUCUGCUGGUGACUAAUCAUCUUGCUACAUGAAGUGUGGAACAAAGUACCUGGCUGCCAUGCUGCUUUGUGUCAAUGAGGAGCUAACCAUAAUGGGGUUAAGACACAACAAGCUGCAUGUGCGUGGGUUUGGGGGGUGGGGGUGUGAAGAGGAGUUUGUGGUAGGAAAGUAAGCAGUUACUUUGUUGGCGUGGACUUUUUUUUUUUGACAUUCGUGAAUUCUUGUUUAUCUCAAAGAUCUUUUCGAGAAGAUUUUUCUCCUGAUCUUUUUAAAGUGUGGCUCUGUUCCACAUUAUCUGCUGACAUAUCACUGUAAACUUCCUUGGUAGAGCUGGUCUUCAGGGACUUUAAAAUUAGCUUUAUUCCACCUCUGCAGGUGUAGAGAGGGUUUUACUAGUGAUGGAAAGGUAGGUUGUCUGGGUUUGUCUCUUCUCCCCAAUAUUGUCCAUCUGCCAGUUCAACCCCAAACCUGACAGUUGAAUUGGGACCUCCUGUGCUAACAAAUCAUGAAAAUCAGAUGCUGUGUUUGGAUCUUUGUUAAGCAUUCCGUUUGAUUAGAAGAGCCAGAAUAGCAUCCAGCUGAAGCUGAGCUUAAUAAUUCUAUUUGAAGCACAAGCCAAGAAUAGAAAUGGGCUAACUCUCCCAUACCUUGUUUGGCUCCAUGGCUGUAAACAAGAAAAAUAAACUUCAGCCAGUGGAAAUUACUGAACUGUACACAAGAAGCAAUGUUCUCAAAGAACUGCUCUAAUAGUCAUUCUUAGAACUGUUUCCAUGUGAAAAUUUACUAGCAGUGUUGGGGGACAGAAGUGUUUAUUUCAUAGAUCUUGCAGUGAACUCACUGUAUAUGUGACAGAACUGAGGGGCUUCAUGAGACUGGAAAGCCUUUAUUGUUAACACUGUGUUUAAAAAAAUAUAUGGAAAGGACUGCCUCUGUUCCCAGAUGGUUAUAAACUAGAUGUUAUUGCUGUGAUAUACAAGUGAUGCCUUGGAACAGCAAGUUUUAACACGUAAAUAGUGGCAUUAAGUAGCCUCCUGCAUGCUCCUUAUUGUCUUGAAUUUGCUUGGGGGCCCUUCUGCUUGUGAAGUCAAACUAAGGUGAUUCUUUUCUUUUUUUCUUUAUUUUUUUUUCAAGCAAGACCAGGAUAUUAUUGUGAGAACACCCAAAAGCAGUUCCAUUUGCCAAAAUAAGCCCAAAUUUGUUAGUGAAUUGACUCUUGUUUAUGUCAGAGCUCAGACAUAGAGAAGCUUAUUGAGAAAUGAAUGGCUUUGUUAUUAGUGUUGUGAAACUGUCCAGAAUUGUUCUUCUGGUGUUUUGUGACUGGAUGUAUAAAACUGUUUGUUCACCUCACAGGGGGCCCUUGGCCCCAGUACUGUUUCAUGCUGUAUGCCAGCUAGUGCUGCUUGAUGGUUUCACUGGAAUAGAGAAGGGAGGCCUCACACAGGUCAAAAAAUAGGCAGGGUAGCUCAGGCAAGACCCUCCGUGGUAGCCACUACAGAGGCUGGGGUGUGGAAUACAGUGGGGGCUGGUAGCCACAUCUGUGUAUUAAGCAAAGCAAAGUCUACCACCACCUCUCCACCUCUUCCUCUCCUCCAGCUUUGAGCUUUUGUUUUAAGAAGCAGAGAAAGUAAAAACCUCAUUUUCUAAAGCUGAUUGGUAUCUACCCAUGUUCUGUCCCCCCCUGGUUUACUUGCAGCCUAGGAAGAAGAGGGCAGUGGGCCUUUCUGGGAAAGUAAUAGGGACAAAUGCACGUCAGGGAAGGGAGGGACAGAGUUGCCUCGGAGCUGCUCUCACUACGUGGUUGAGGAGGGGCCUUUGAGUGAGCUGGCAGUUGAGAGAGAAGGUGUGUUAUAAACAAAGAACUUGUAGUGAAACGGAUCCCUUGCAUCUGUGAGUGGAGUUGUGAAUGGGCCCUGCAGAGAGGUGAGUGCUGCAUUUAUGUAUCAGUCUUCUGCCAUUUGGGAAUGCAAGGGAGGUGUGUACGUUGACAACUUGCACAGGGUAAUUUCUACAUGAAAAUGUAUAGCAUUGGAACACGUUGCUUUUGUUGCCAUGCCUGUUGUAAAGGUUUUCCCCAAGGGCAUGAUAAACUUGUUUUGAGAUAAUAGCUUAUGAUCAACAGGCCACGUUGUCCUGUGCCUGAACUUACUGUCCUCACAGAGAAAGUGUGAGCUUCUGGGUGUCAAACCACCUGGAUUCCACGCACGAAGCUGGUUAGGAUAGGAAGGCUUAUAAAACAGCCCCAGGACAAUUGGAAGGCGAGAGAAGCAAUCACUUAAAAUGGAAUUCAAACCCUUCAAAUCCUUUCCUGUAACUAGCACUUGCUGUAGAGAUGACCCCUUUUUCUCUUCCACCUUUCUCUUCCCCCUUAACUUCUUGAAGUAUGGUGGCUGUGCAGGGAGCAGGCAGGCAGAUGAUGCUAAUUAACUGGGAGUGGCAGAGGCCUAGCGCUCCAUGGGAGCAUUUGGGGCUGCAGUGGAUUGCUACAAAGUUGGGAUGGAGUAGACGCCUUGCUGCUGAGAUUGCCUUACCUGCUGUGGGCUGCCCUGUAAUAAUGCUAGGGGUUCUUCUCCGAGAGCACCAGUUGGAUGUUGAAAGGUUGAACUCCUAAGACUGUUCGGAACCUCCAUCACAGCUUAUCUCAUUACUGGGGUAGCAAAGUUUUGGCUGGGAGGGGUAUUUUGGAGGAGGAGGAGGUGGAAAACCUUUUUUUAUUAUUAUUAUGUUUUUUAACCAGAAAAUGUAGUGUCAGCACAAAGAAGCUUUUUGCAAAUCUGUCAAAAUGUUAAGCAGCUUUUUUUUUGCUUUUAAAUCUGAAGUAUGUUUUGAAGCACUUUGGAAAUACAAAGCACUAGGAGUGCUAAGUACUCCUUAUCAUCUGUCUAAAAGUGGCAUUUGAAAAGUAAAAGAUGUAUCUGUUUCAGGCCGCUGGCUGCUCCUUAUCAUUUUUCCAGAGCUGCCACCCAGCCCUUUGCCUCCCUCCCAUGGCUGGAGAUGAGGAGUGUACUCCACCAUGCCAGGAGCAGAGGGCUCCCUAAGAGAAAAGAGGAGACCUGCUAAAUCCCUCGCUUGCCUUUGGGGUGCCGGUUGGCUUCCUCCCUCCCCACCUCCUUUGACUGAGGAAAGGGAAAAAUGAAGUUGAGUUUCAGUUUGAGUGGUCCUAGUCUGGAACUAUGACCGUUUCUUCCAGCUCCGGAGACAUCUUUAUAGAGUUUCCUGUCUGACAAAUUGCACCUUAUUAGCUUAAUUGAGGAACGAGGAGAUGUCUGUCCUUCUGCAGGGAGUGAGGAGAGGAAGGGAGGGUGAACCAGGAGCUGUCUUCAGUAGCUACUGGAUUUUUCCAGAGGCCAUUUCCUCACCUCAUCUCCAGGAGAACAGCAACAAAAGAACUAAAAUAAUUUAGAUGAAGCUUUUGUUCUGUGUAUCUCAAGAACCUUUUGAGCAGGCUAAGGGGAGAGAACCCUUUUCCCUCACCUAGUCAGCUCCACAGCGUGGGGUUCAACGUCCCAGUUCUCUCGUUGGGUUUUAAGCACCGAUCUUUUCCCUCAGCGUAUGCACAUCGUUAGAACUCUUUUGCACACUGGCUCAUCUAAUUUGGUGUGCUCCCUUUCUGUUGCAGGGGGAAGAUGGGGGACAAUGGGGUCGGUUAGAGGGAAGGGCCCCCGAUUAUUUUUGUUCCUGUCUCUUCAGUUGUUGCUGUUGUUCCCGUCAGCACGCUAGAGUAUUGGAGUCUUUGCACACAGAAAGCUUCCUUUUGCACAGAAUGAGCUUCUAGCUUUUGUACAGACUAACUGAAUGUAUUUGGGGAGGGGGGGAAAUAGGGAGUAAACCAAUUCCAAACAAACCAAUCAGAGUAUAAUGCCUUUUCUGAGCGAGUAUGUGCUGUAAAAGGAGAUUGUAAUAGCAAAGGGAGGGCAGGCUCAAGUAUAAUUUGACACAAAGUGUGGUUUUAUUUUUGUACUGAUAUGGAUAAGAGACUGUACAGCAUCUAUUUAUUUAGAUGAUUUAUGUGGUAAAUGUUGCAAACAAAAUUAUUAAAAUAUUAAAUAUGAGAACUGACAUUUA